GCAAGUAUUGUAUCAAAAAUAAUAUAUUCUAUGUGUUUCCCCCUAAAACUUCUCUCUCAUGAAUUCAUUCUGCGCGGGCUCUCCUCUCUCUCUAUUCAUUCUCUUUUUCUCAUCUGCUCUCUCCUCAUCUCUGAAGCUUCAUCUCCGAAAUGUCUAUGUGACCAUCUCCGAAAUUUCUGAACCCAUCUCCAUCUCUAUCUCUGAAAUUUCUCACCCGAUUCACCCUCACCCAUCUCUAUCGCUGACCCUCACCCAUUCACCGAUUCACCCUCACCUCACCGAACCCGGUCACCGAUUCACCCUCACCCUAACCUCACCCAUUCACUGAUUCACCCUCACCCAUUCACCCUCACCGAUUCAUCCUCACCCAUCUCCAUCUCUGAAGCUUCACCCUCACCCAUUCACUGAUUCACCCUCACCUCACCCAUUCACCCUCACCGAUUCACCCUCACCCUCACCCUCACCCAUCUUAACCGAUUCACCCUCACCCAUUCUCAAGGGUUUUUAGGUUUGGGUUCAGAUUUUGCAAAAACGAAGCUCCGUCGGUGUUAGGGGAUUCAGCUCCGUCGGUGUUGGUGCUGACUGUAAGAGUUUUUGUUGUUGAUUUAGCAUCUUCGAGACCGUAAGCUCAAGUUCAUCUUCAGAAAGUUUGCUCGGUUCAUCUUCAAUUACUAGGAUGGUUAGGCAAGAAGACUAUGACCAAUAUGGUGAUUUCUUACAAGCUGAUUCUGAUUUUGUGGAACCAUUUUUAAGUGGGUCUCAAAAUCCUUCAAUGCCCAUCCAGUCUUUACCGGAAGUUGAAAUUGUCACCUCUAAACGUGGUGCCAACUUCAGUGUAGAUGAGGACCUCCUCCUCAUCGCUGCAUGGCUUAACAUUGGCAUGGAUGCUGUGCAUGGUACUGACCAAAAGAGUGACAAAUUUUGGACAAAAAUUUGGGAAUUUUUUUGCGCGAACAAUACUUACGGAACCACACGUUCUAGUACCUCCCUAUCAAGUCGAUGGGGAAAUAUUAAUAGGGAGACAAGUAGGUUUGCUGGGUUCAUGGCUAAAGUUGAAGCUCGAGAUAAAAGUGGUACAACUAACGAGGACAAAUUGAAAGAGGCAAAGGAACUAUAUAAAGCUACACCAAAUCCAACAUCCGGCAAAUACCUAGCUUUUGCUUAUGAACAUUGUUGGGUUGUGUUGAAGAACCAACCAAAGUGGAGUAUACUUAAGGAAAGAUCAAAAAGGCUCCCUCAAACUCCAAGUUCAAUCAAUCAAGUUGAUAGUAAUGAUGAUGACACAGUGGUACUAGAGAGACCAAUUGGUAGAAAAGCCGAAAAGGCUAAGCGAAAGAGGCCAGAUGAUGAUAAGGGUUUUGAUGAUUAUUUGGCCAAAAAAUUGCAGUAUAUUCAAGCAUCACAUGAACAAGACAAAGAGGCUCUUCGCAUCAAAGCGGAAAAGCUUCGUCUUAAAACUAUUAGGGAGGAGGGAAGAAUAAUAACCAUGGAUACAAGUGGCAUGAAUGACAAAGAAAGACUUUAUUUUGAAAAUCUCAAGGAUCAAAUCCUUGCAAGACAAGUUGGAGUUGACCCAAGGAACAUGUAGAUGUCUUGUUGUAACCUUAUUUUGGUAGUAAAUUAUAUUAGGGUUGGGUUUGGCAUAUGUAGAUGCCAUUUUGUAAGUAACCUUAUUUUGGUAGUGGCUUAUUUUAAGCGUAGGUUUGGAACAUAUAGGUGAUGUAUUGUUCCAACUUGAUCAAUUUGUAGUAGAUUGUGCCACUUAUG